ACAUACUCUACCAUAGUACCAUGCAGUGAGCUAGCGGCUUCUUCCUCUUCUUCCUCUGCAAUGCAGACAUCAACACAAUCACUACAAUUUAACAACAACCACUUCUCCCUCCACCUAUCCACCAUCACCAUCGUUCCAAGCACCUACGAUCCGACUCGACUACAAGCUGCAACAUGUCUCUCUGCGUCAACCGGCUGCAAGAAGAGCGCAAGCAAUGGCGCAAAGACCACCCGUUCGGAUUCUACGCGAAGCCGGCCAAGUCCGCGAACGGCAAUGGUCUGGACCUGAUGAAGUGGAGCUGCGGAAUCCCCGGCAAGGAGAAGACCAUCUGGGAGGGCGGGCUGUUCAAGCUCGACAUGAUAUUUCCAGAAGAGUACCCUACUAAGCCGCCCAAGUGCAAGUUCACGCCACCACUCUUCCACCCAAACGUGUACCCGUCCGGCACCGUGUGCUUGAGCAUCCUGAACGAGGAGGAGGCGUGGAAGCCCGCGAUCACAAUCAAGCAGAUCCUGAUGGGCAUCCAGGAUCUAUUAGACGAUCCCAACCCCGAGAGUCCGGCGCAGGCCGAGGCUUUCAGCCUCUUUAAGAAGGAUAAGGCUUCAUACGAAAAGAAGAUCCGGUAUCUUGUCAGGGAGAAUCCGACGCCGUAGACGGGCGAUUCCAUACACGCAUGCACAUCUAGUACACGGGAGACACGACGGAUUGGGGAGAAGCUUCAAGUAAGAGAGCGUGGAUAAGUAAUGUGCGGCUUAGGGAGAGUGAGAUGGGGGGUUUCCUUUGUUGUUCCGGCGUAUCACAGCGGUUCUAUUCUGUUCUCGGGUUCUUAUAUCUUCCUCCUUCACAUCUGGCUUUACUUCAUGACGCUUUGGGUGGCGGUCGUUCCGUCCGUCCGUACGUGACAUUUGCUUGCUUACCUAUCCCUUUCCCUCUCUCGGCAUCCUACCUCUGCAUACCUACUCUACUCUACAGAAGAUCUGAUGGUUCAUUACCUAUUGUACUGCUACUGCUACUCUGUCACUGUUUACUGCUGUUAUGAUACUUACGCUGUUGAAUGUUACAUACCAUGGUACUCGCAAGUAUCAUACCUAC